AUGAGGAGACUUACAGCUGUAGUGGUGGUGGUGGUGUCCUCAUUCUCUUUGUUGCCCUACGAGGAAUCCUGGCUCAGGCUCUUUGCUAGAGCUUUGCUGAGGUUCCUAGGCUUCAUCUUCUGGGGCACUGCUGUAGUUCUGGCCUUUGGUGGAGUUUUUGUGAUCCUGAUGUGCAAGAACUACAGAUAUUUUUUUCAGGAGUCUUUCUUGUCUCUUCCUGGCUGGCUGGCUGUUGCAGCUGCACUCAUCUUGCUGCCUACUGGAGUUUUGGCUAUCUCCAUUUCUGUGAAGUGUUCCCGCCAUCAGCAAGGAGCUCUCAUGUACUUGCUGCUGGUCCUUCUUUGCCUACAAGUGUCUUCGGCAGUUCUGGCUCAGUUCUACUCUGUUCAGAUGGCUUCUGAGCUGGAAGGCGCUAUGGAUUACCUUGUCUAUCAGUACAAUGGGGCACACUCCCAAGGUCCUGGUGGCAGUGCUGUGGAUGAGGUACAGAGGAAGCUGCAGUGUUGUGGGGUCCAAAACUAUACAGACUGGCUAAAGGCAACAGCUGCUGCUUGGCAUCUUUCAGCUGAAAAAUCUCGUGUCCCUGAAAGCUGCUGUAAGGAGAAGUAUUCUCAUUGUGGAGGUGACAUAAGCCAUAUGGAGCAACUUUUUCAGGAAGGCUGUCUAAGGAAGUUGGAAGACCAGUUGCAUUUUGUCAAUCUCUAUGUGUUUUGGUGCUGUACUGUGCUAAGCAUCUUGGAGCUGUUGGCUGGUGUCAGCAAUGGCAUCCUCAUGAGGCAUCAGCCGUUCCGUGACUUCCGAAUUCAAGACUCAUCUACCUUCUCAUAG